CCAGGUUGGAGCUCUGUAUCUCCUUCUCCUCCGCGUAGUCGGUGACUCUCUCCAGGUCGGCCGCCCCGCUGUCGUGCUUCCGCGGCUUCUCGGCUUGCCGCCCGCCCGCCCCAUCGCCGCCGCCGCCGCCGUUCGGCUCCGUCUCCAGCUCCAGCUCCACAUCUCCCUCCGCCGCCAUCGCGCCGCCGGGCCCCGCUUCCGGUCACGUGCCACGGCGGCACCAGCGAGAGCCGCCGGGACAGAGCGGGGCGGGGGGCGGGGCGGGGGGCGGGGCCUCGUUGCUAAGGCCACGCCCCCCACGCCCCUGACCCCCCCCAGCCCCGGGAGGCCGAGGCGGGGCCGGUCCCGCCCGGGCGGGCCGGAGGCUCCUGCGGGGCCGGGCGGGGCUCGGGGCCGGGCGGGGAGGGGCAGCGCGGCCGCCGCCCCCGGUCUGCCCGCGGCCAGGCCGGCGCUAAGCCGGCUGUGCUGCGGCUGUGGCUGCAGGUCCUGCCGUGGGCUCCGGGUCUCCACAGGCACCCGCAUCCUCUACACCCUCCUACACAUCCUGGCCUCUGCCGUGUGCUGCCUCAUGCUGUCCCGCACUGUGGCACAGGCCUUCAGGGAGAAGGUGCCCUUCUCCACGGUGCUGUGCCAACACCUUCCGGGGGGCAAGGACUGCGAGCGCCUGGUGGGCUCCUCAGCUGUGUACCGGGUCUGUUUUGGCACCUCCUGCUUCCACCUGGCACAGGCUGCCCUGCUCCUCAACGUGCGCUCCAGCACUGACUGCCGGGCGCAGAUCCACAACAGGUUCUGGCUCCUGAAGCUGCUGGUGCUGGUGGGGCUCUGUGCCGUCAGCUUCUUCAUCCCUGAGGAUGGCUUCAUCCAAGCCUGGCACUACACAGGGGUCUGUGGGGGCUUUGCCUUCAUCCUCGUCCAGCUGGUGCUGAUCACGGCCUUCGCGCACACCUGGAACAAGAACUGGCUGGCGGGCGCUGCGCAGGACAAGCGCUGGUACCUGGCUGUGCUGCUGGCCACCGCCGCCUUCUACACCCUCGCCUCCGCCGCCUUCUCCUUCCUCUACAAGUUCUACACCCACCCGGCCGCCUGUCGCCUCAACAAGGUGCUGCUGGCCCUCAACGGCAGCCUCUGCGGCCUCAUGUCCUUCAUCUCCAUCACACCCUGCGUGCGGCUCAAGCAGCCACGGUCGGGGCUGCUGCAGGCCUCCAUCAUCAGCUGCUACGUGAUGUACCUCACCUUCUCCGCGCUGUCCAGCCGUCCUCCGGAGAGAGUGCUCUACAAGGGACAGAACCUCACCGUCUGCUUCCCGGGGGUCCGGCAGGACGAGCUGCAGACAGAGGACACCACCGUGGCCAUCCUGGGGGCCACCAUCAUGUACGCCUGCGUGCUCUUCGCAUGUAAUGAAGCCUCCUACCUCGCCGAGGUCUUCGGACCCCUCUGGAUGGUUAAAGUCUACAGCUUUGAAUUUAAAAAACCCUCCUGCUGCUUCUGCUGCCCUGACAAGAUGGAGGAGGAGCUGAGAGGUGGGUUGGGCAGAGCUUGCAGUAACACGCACCCUGGGGUGCCCGUGUCCCAGCCCGGGGGUGCAGGUGGGGAGGGAGUUCAGGAGCCGCUGCGCCCCUGCAUCCUCCCAGGCACCGGGCAGAUGUGUGGGCAAGUGGAGGAGAUGGACGAGGGACAGUGCGUGAUCCAGGACGAGCGGGAACGGGUAGUCUACAGCUACUCAGCCUUCCACUUCGUCUUCUUCCUCGCCUCGCUCUAUGUCAUGAUGACCCUCACCAAUUGGUUCAGCUACGAGGACGCGGUGCUGGAGACCACCUUCACGCACGGCAGCUGGUCGACCUUCUGGGUGAAGGUGUCCUCGUGCUGGGCCUGCGUCCUGCUCUACCUGUGGCUGCUGCUGAGCCCCCUCUGCCUCCGCAGCACCCCCCGGCACCGCCGCAGCAGCCCAGCCCUGCGCGUCCUGCGGCGCCGCCGCGCCCCGCAGCGCAUCAGCGUCUCCACCUAG